GGCCCCGGCACCACCAUGGGGGCCGCCGCCGCCGCUGCCCGGAGGAGCGCCCACCUGGGGCCCGUGCGCCCCGGGUGCCCGCUGCGCUCGCCGAUCGCGCUGCAGCAGCUGCUGCCGCUGCUGCUGCUGCUGCUCGCCGGCGCUCCCGGAGCCUCGCGGGCCCAGGGCGCAGACUUCCUCGAGCUGUGCAGCUAUACAUGGGAAGCUGUUGAUACCAAAAAUAACAUACUUUAUAAGAUCAACGUCUGCAAAAAUGUGAACAUCACCCAGUGCGGCUCCUCAAGUGCCAUUUGUAUGUACAACUGGAAGACGAAGACCUACCGCUCUGUGGGUGACCUCUCUCUGAAAACUGCAACCAGAUCGCUUAUGGAAUUCAACACUACGAUGAGCUGCGGCAUCCAGAACCCCAAUCUGAGAAUGCAGAGCAGCAUUGCCUUCUUAUGCGGGAAAACUUUGGGAACCCCUGAAUUUGUCAUGACCGCAGGCUGUGUCCAUUACUUUGAAUGGAGGACUUCUGCUGCUUGUAAAAAGGACAUUUUUAAAGCUAACAAAGAGGUGCCAUGUUACGCCUUUGAUGCCGAGUACAAGAAGCAUGACCUGAACCCACUGAUCAAGACGAGUGGUGGAUACUGGGUGGAUGACUCGGACCCGGACAUCUCCCUGGUCAUCAAUGUGUGCAGAGAUAUCGACACCCUCCGAGACUCCAACCCUCAGCUGCGUGCCUGCCCCCUGGGCACAGCUGCCUGCCUGCUGCGUGGGGACCAGGCUUUCGAUGUGGGCCAGCCCAAGGAUGGCCUGCGAUUCCGGGGCAAGGACAGGCUCAUCCUGACUUAUGGGAAAGAAGGGGCCGGGACGCUGGAUUUCUGCAAUGGCCACAGUCCUGCAGUGACCAUCACUUUCCUGUGUCCCUCGGAACGGAGAGAGGGCACCAUCCCCAAGCUGACCGCCAAAUCCAACUGCCGCUACGAGGUAGAGUGGCCCACAGAGUUCGCCUGCCCUCGGGACUACCUGGAAAGCGACAGCUGCUCCCUCAACAGCGAACAGCAUGACAUCAGUGUGGACCUCCGGCCCCUCAGCCAGCUUGGAGCUACGAGCGUCCCAUACUACUCGGUUCCAGGCGGCAAGGAAUAUACUUUCUUACUGAGCGUGUGUGGGGACACCAACACGGGGGUCUGCAACAAGAAGGAUGCAGCCAUAUGCCAGAUGAAGAACACAGGGGGCCGACAGACCAAAAUCGCGGGAAGAUACCAGAAUUACACCCUCCGCUACUCUGAUGGGGACCUCACCUUGAUCUAUCGCGGUGGAGACGAGUGCAGCUCAGGCUUCCAGCGCAUGACAGUCAUCAACCUGGAGUGUAACAAGACUGCAGGAAAAGGUGCCCCGGUAUUCACGAGUGAGGCAGACUGCACCUACUUCUUCACCUGGGAGACCAAGCAUGCCUGCGUCCGUGAGAAGGAAGCCCUGUUGUGCAGUGUCAACGCUGGCAAGAAGCAGCGCUAUGACCUGUCAGCGCUGGUCCGGCAUGCAGAGCCUGAGCAGAAUUGGGAAGCUGUGGAUGGCAGCCAGCGGGCGUCAGAAAAGAAACUUUACUUUGUGAAUGCCUGCCACCGGGUGCUGCAUCAGGGCAAGGCCAGAGGCUGUCCUGGGGAGGCAGCCGUGUGCUCUGUGGAUAAAAGUGGAAGUAAAAAUCUGGGGAGAUUUCUGACAUCCCCAAUAUUGGAGAAGAGGAACAUUGUCCUCUCGUACACAGACGGGGAUAGCUGUGGGCCAGGCAGGACCAUCAGCUCCAACAUCACGCUGAGGUGCAAGCCAGGGGACCUGGAGAGUGCCCCAGUGCUACGCUCGGUGCAAGAUGAUGGCUGCUUCUACGAGUUUGAGUGGCACUCAGCGGCUGCCUGUGUGCUGUCCCGUACUGAGGGCUCCAACUGCACAGUCUUGGAUGCGGAGGCAGGCUUCUCGUUCGACUUGUCGUCCCUGAGGAAGAAAAAUGGGAGUUACAAGGUGGAGACGGACAAGUAUGAGUUCUACAUCAAUGUGUGUGGCCCCGUCACCGCUGGCGCCUGCCAGGCAGGCUGGGGUGCCUGCCAGGUGGCAAAGAGGCAAAAAAAAGUGUGGAAUCUUGGCAUGAGCAACUCUAAGCUCUCCUACUAUGACGGCAUGAUCCAGUUGAGUUACAAGGACGGGACCCCUUACAGCACUGGCCGCACCAACCCACGCACUACGCUCAUCACCUUCCUGUGUGACCGGGAUGUUGGUGUGGGCACUCCUGAGUACCAGGAUGAGGACAAUUCUGCCUACAACUUCCGCUGGUACACGAGCUUUGCCUGCCCUGAGGAGCCCAUGGAAUGCAUGGUGACCGACCCUACCACACUGGAGCAGUAUGACCUUUCGAGCCUGGCAAAAUGGGAAGGCGGUGCCUCGGGAAAUUGGUUUGCCAUGGACAAUGCAGGCGCGCACAACACCUGGAGGAAGUACUACCUCAACAUGUGCCGGCCCCUCAACCCCGUGCCUGGAUGUGACCGCUACGCAGCUGUGUGCCAGAUGAAAUACGUCAAUGAACAGGGUACCUACUCGGAGGUGGCAUCUAUCAGUAACUUGGGCUCGGCUACCGAGGGCCCGGUGGUAGAGGAGAGAGGCAGCCUGCUGCUGGAGUACGUUAAUGGCUCGACAUGCAUCACCAGUGAUGGCAAACGCACCACCUAUACCACCCGUAUCCACCUUGUCUGCUCCCGUGGCGGCCCGGUCUCUCACCCCAUCUUCUCCCUCAACUGGGAGUGUGUGGUCAGUUUCUUGUGGCAUACAGAGGCCGCCUGCCCCAUCCAGGUCACCACAGACAUCGACCAGGUCUGCUCUAUCAGGGACCCCAGCAGUGGCUUCGUGUUUGACCUGAACCCCCUCAACAUCACGCAGGGCUAUGUGGUGUCAGGCAUUGGAAAGACAUUUCUGCUCAACGUGUGCGGCACCAUGGCCAUUUGUGGGUCCUUCGAAGGGAAGCCAGCAUCAGGGUGCGAGGCCGAGACACCCACACACGAACUGGGGAGCCUGAAACCAGUGCGGCCUGUGGGGCAGGAAAAGAGCCUGCAGCUGUCCCCUGAGGGCUUCAUCACACUCACCUACACGGGGCCCGUGCACCCCCGCCAAGGCACCGCCGACACCUUCAUCAUCCGCUUCACUUGCAACCCUGAUAUCUACCCGGGGAGCCCCAAGUUCUUGCACCAGGACAUCGACUCCAACCUGGAGAUCCGCAACACGUACUUUGAGUUUGAGACUGCACUGGCCUGUGUCCCGUCUCCGGUGGACUGCCAAGUUACAGACUCGGCCGGAAAUGAGUAUGACCUGAGCUCACUGAGCAGAGUGAGGAAGCCCUGGACAGCCGUGGAUACCUCAAGGGAUGGCAGGAGGAGGACUUUCUACCUCAGUGUGUGCAACCCGCUGCCCUACAUCCCCGGCUGUCAUGGUAGUGCAGUGGGGUCGUGCCUGGUGGCUGAGGAGGGCAGCUGGAACCUGGGCGUGGUGCAGAUCAGCCCCCAGGUCACAGCCAAUGGCUCCCUGAGCCUCGUCUACAUCAACGGCGACAAGUGCGGGAACCAGAACCAGCGUUUCUCCACCCGCAUCACGCUCGAGUGCUCGCAGAUCUCGGGAUCACCCACGUUUCAGAUGCGGGACGAGUGUGAGUUUGUGUUCGUCUGGCGAACGGUGGAGGCCUGCCCUGUGGUCAGGGUGGAAGGGGACAACUGUGAGGUACGAGACCCCCGGCACGGGAACCUGUACAGCCUGAGGCCGUUGUCUCUGAAUGACACCAUGGUGCGCACCGGCGAGUACAACUACUACUUCCGCGUGUGUGGGCCACUGAAUCCGGGCCUGUGCCCAGCUGACACCACCGACCUGGACAGAGACAAGGCCAAGGACACGACCAAGGCCAUCGCCUCAUGUCAGGAGAAGCAGGGCCCACAGGGCUUCCACAAAGUGGCCGGCCUCGUCUCUCAGAAGCUGACCUACGAGAACGGGCUGCUGAAGAUGAACCUGACUGGGGGAGAGUCAUGCCACAAAGUUUAUCGGCGCUCCACGGCCAUCUACUUCUAUUGUGACCGCACCACGCAGCGUCCCAUGUUUCUCAGGGAGACGUCCGACUGCUCUUACCUCUUUGAGUGGCGCACCCAGUACGCCUGCCCACCCUUCGACCUCACCCAGUGCUCCUUCAAAGACAAGGAUGGCAAUACUUUCGACCUCUCGGCCCUGUCCAAGUACAGCGACAACUGGGAGGCAGUGACAGGGACUGGCUCCACUGAGCACUACCUCAUUAAUGUCUGCAAGUCCCUAUGGACACAGCCUGGCACAGCGUCAUGCCCUCCUGAAGCUGCUGCCUGCCUCAUUAGUGACUCUCAGCCCAAGAACCUGGGCCGGGUCCGGGAUGGGCCCCAGUGGGACGGCACUGCCACAAUCAUCAAGUAUGUGGAUGGUGAUCUGUGUCCUGACCAGAUCCGAAAGAAGUCCACCACCAUCCGCUUCAUCUGCAGUGAUGGCCCCGUGAGCUCCAGGCCCCUGUUCAUCAGCGCUGUGGAGGACUGCGAAUAUACUUUCACCUGGCCCACACCUGUUGCCUGCCCUGUCAGGAGCAAUGUACACGACAACUGCCAGGUCUCCAAUCCUGUCACAGGGCAUCUGUUCGACCUGACCUCCCUUAGUGGCAAAGUGGGCCACACAGCUGCCUACAGUGAGAAGGGGCUCGUGUACCUCAGCAUUUGUGGGGAGAAUGAGAACUGCGCCCCCGGAGUGGGUGCCUGCUUUGGGCAGACCCGAAUCAGUGUGGGCAAGGCCAACCAACGGCUGACCUACGCGGACCAGGUGCUGCAGCUGACCUACGAGGAUGGCUCCCCGUGCCCAUCCAAGACAGGCCAGACCUACAAGAGCGUCAUCAGCUUCGUGUGCCGGCCCGAGGCAGGCCCCACCAACCGGCCCAUGCUCGUGUCCCUAGACAAACAAACCUGCACGCUCUUCUUCUCCUGGCACACACCCCUGGCCUGCGAGCAGGUGACCGAGUGCUACGUGCGGAACGGCAGCUCCAUCAUCGACCUGACUCCCCUCAUCCACCGCACUGGGGGCUAUGAGGCAUAUGAUGAGAGUGAGGACGAGGAGAAUGCUGAGGGCUACCCUGACUUCUACAUCAACAUCUGCCAGCCACUCAACCCCAUGCACGGCGUGGCCUGCCCCGCUGGCUCCGCAAUCUGCAAAGUGCCUGUGGACGGCAACCCCAUAGAUAUAGGCCGUGUCACUGGCCCCCCGAUCCUCAACCCCAUAGCCAACGAGAUCUACUUGAACUUCGAGAGCAGCACCCCUUGUGCUGCAGACCCCCACUCCAACUACACCUCUCUCAUCGCCUUCCACUGUAAGCGAGGCGUGAGCAUGGGAACCCCAAAGCUGCUGAGGACCAGCGAAUGUGACUUUGUGUUUCAAUGGGACACACCUCUGGUGUGCCCAGAUGAGGUGAAGGCAGAUGGCUGUGCCCUUACGGAUGAGCAGCUGUUCUACAGCUUCAACUUGAGUAGCCUCUCCAAGAACAUCUUCAAGGUGACAAGGGACUCACGCACAUACAGCGUGGGGGUGUGCACCGCUGCAGCGGGCCCCGAGCAGGGUGGCUGCAAGGAUGGCGGAGUGUGUCUACUCUCGGGGGACAGCAAAGGUGCCUCCUUCGGGCGCCUGGCGUCCAUGCAGCUGGACUAUCGGCACCAGGACGAGGCAGUUAUUCUGAGCUAUGUCAAUGGGGACACCUGCCCCCCAGAGACCGAGGACGGGGAGCCGUGCGUGUUUCCCUUUAUAUUCAAAGGGAAGAGCUACAGUGAGUGCCUGGUGGAGGGUCGGGCACGGCUGUGGUGUGCCACGACCGCCAACUACGACCGGGACCAUGAGUGGGGCUUCUGUCGGCUCGCAGCCACCAGCCACCGGACAUCUGCCAUCAUCUUCAAGUGUGACGAGAACGAGGAACUUGGGCGGCCCCAGGUCCUGAGCGAGAUUCGGGGCUGUGAGGUGACAUUUGAGUGGAAGACACGGGUGGUGUGCCCACCGAGGCGGAUGGAAUGCCAGUUCGCACGCCAGCACCACACCUAUGACCUGCGCCAGCUCUCCUCACUCACCGGCGCCUGGUCCUUCAACUAUGAGGGCACCUCGUACUAUGUCAACCUGUGUCGGGAAGUGUUCCAGGGCCCUCCAGGCUGCUCGCCACGGGCCAGCGUGUGCAGGAAGAACCCUGUUGGGCAGGUGGAAGUCCUGGGGCUCGUUCACACCCAGAAGCUGGACGUCAUAGAUGACAGGCUCAUGCUGACAUACUCUCGGGGCCACUCAUGUGGUGACAAUAGGACAGCGGCCACUGUCAUUGAGCUGGGCUGUGCGGGGACCGUGGGCAGGCCAGCCUUCAAGAGGUUUGAUCCCGAAAGCUGCACUUACCACUUCAGCUGGGACUCUCGAGCUGCCUGCGCCGUGAAACCCCAAGAGGUGACUGUAAUUAAUGGAACCCUGACCCACCCGACCACGGGCAAGGAGCUGAGCCUCACAGACAUCUACUUCAAGCUCUUCAGCGCGUCUGGAGACAUCCGUCCCAAUGGAGACCAGUACCGCUAUGAGAUCCAGCUGUCCACCAUCCAGAAUUCCUCCCACCCCGACUGCACCGGCGCCAAUGUGUGCCAGCUGAAACUGGGCGAGGAGCGCUUCAGCAGGAAAGUGGGCAUCCCUGCCAACACCAAGUACUACCUCCAAGAUGGUGAUCUUGAUGCCGUGUUUACCUCCAAUUCCAAGUGUGGGAAGGACCGGACAAAGGUCGUCUCGUCCACCAUCUUCUUCCACUGUGACCCCAUGGUGCAGGAGGGGACCCCUGAGUUCAGCCACGAGACUGCUGACUGCCAGUACCUCUUCUCGUGGUACACCUCUGCUGUGUGCCCUCUGGGGGAGGGCCUGGAUGGCAGUGAGGCUGAGGAGGAAGAGGACGAGCUGGAGCACCACGGGCUGUCGGAGCGUAGCCAGGCAGUGGGGGCAGUGCUCAGCCUGCUGUUGGUGGCGCUCACUGCAUGCCUGCUGGGGCUCCUGCUCUACAAGAAGGAAAGACGGGAGACUGUCAUCAGCAAGUUGGCGGCCUGCUGCAGGAGAAGCGCCCCUGUGUCCUACAAAUACUCCAAGGUGAAUAAGGAAGAGGAGAUGGAUGAGAACGAGACGGAAUGGCUGAUGGAAGAGAUCCAGGUGACCACCCCGCGACCCACCAAGGAUGGCCCGGAGAAUGGCCAUGUCACCGCCAAGUCUGUGACGGCAGAGGCGUUGUCCUCCCUGCGCAGCGAAGACCCUGACAGUGAGGAUGAGGUGCUGGCCAUCCCUGAGGUGAAGGUGCAUACGGUGCCUUCUGUGCGUGGGCCCGCGGCUGGCGCUGAGGCCGGGCCCCCCCCACGCAUGGGCCUGGUGCCAGCUGAGAAGGUGCACCGGGCCCGGCCCCGCACUGCGCACCCAGCUGCUGCCUUCCAUGACGAUAGCGAUGAGGAUCUCCUGCACAUCUAAGCCCUCGCGCUGCCCCCACCGCACCCCACCUGACCUCCCAGCCAUGGCACCUCCAACCAAAUACUGAGACUUUUCACCGCGUUGACGCGCCCACCAUCAGUUUUGCCUUUAACAAAAACCGUCUCCAAAGGGAAGAGUUUUUGCGCAGGGAGGGGAGAAAGGGGGAAGGGUCUGUGCUGAUAGGGCCAGCCCUGGGCUUUUUUGGGGUGAGGCAUUGUCCUGUCCCAACCCCAAGCCCAUGCCUGUCCAGCAGGCACAGUAGUAAGGCUGCUUGCCACCACCUUUGUCGGCUGCUCUGGCUCCUUUGCGGCCAUUUGGCCUUGACAUCCCAGAACCCUUGCCCCUCCUGCUAAUGGACUUUGUCAAUUACUCAGGUCUGCAGACAAAGGAAACACACACAUAUGUGCACACACACACACACAACACACACACCCACACCCACACACCAGACUCUUCCUGCCGGCAGCAGUAGGAAGGUACCGGUUCGGCGUGGUCAGGAGAGGGAGGGGGUUUGCCAGGAUGGUUUCCGACGAGCAUAAUGAAGUUCGGACCCGGGCAAUCAUGUAGCCUCAAAGGCAGAGUAUUUGGCUCUGUCUCUUUUCUCUUUUAUUUGCUUUCUUUGACUUUGACUGGGAGCACUCGGCGUGUGGCGCCUGCACACGCCUGGUCUCCCGCCUCACAUUUCCCUCCCCCCACCCACCCCAAAUGCUCAGGCUUUGUGGAGGUCAAGGGGCUGGGAGAGGGCUGUUCUUCGCCUUUAGUCAGUAAACGGCUGCAACUUUUGCAUGAUGUCUUUGAUCCUACGUGUACAGAGCACAUGUAUCAGUAUUUUCUUUCACCAGUCGGUGAAUUCAUAUGAUCCACCCAAAGAUUGACUUUUUUUUUUGUUUAUUUUUGGUUGUUGUUCUUUUGUUUUAUUAUUCUUGAAGUUUUAAUCUGGUGUGUGUGUCUUGAGGGUGGAGCUGAGACCAGAUCAGAGGAAACGACUCUGGGAUGUGGCUUCUCAUCUCUCCGCUUCUCAGGAUGCCACCUUUUACUGUGCUUAUUUUUGUAAGAAGUGUUUAUCAACCGUGUGACCUAUAAGAAGCCUUAAUUUGCACAGCGUGUGGCUUUUACAGACGCUGUGGCUGCAGGGGGGCCACCAGCAACCGGGCUCUGUCCUCAUGCCCUAUGUAGGGGGUCAAGUGGGCGGCUAGCGUAGCCGUAUAUUGGGGGGCUCGUCUGCUUAUCCUGCCCAACCGGCUGUGGUUCCUUCCUUAGAAGUGUGUAAUGAAUGACUUUUCUCACAUAUAGACUUGUACAUAGACUCGAGUGGUAUUUCCUCGGCCGAGACGCAAACCCUGGCUCUAGAAUCCUGGGUGGGCACUCGGUUUGACAUAUUCGAUUUUCAACAUGAGUGUAUUUUUAAAAAUUGAUUUUCUUUGCUCAUUUUUUCCAAUCAAAUUUACUGUAAUAUGAAGUAUUCAAUUUCAAUAAAAAAUAAAUAAAUUA